UUGGACUCUUCUAAAUGGGGACCAUGUGUCUUCUUCACAGCAGACUCAGCACUGUCUUGUCCGGAUUAUUGAGAUGCAGAGUGACGGGUAGCAUGCUUGUGCUUACAGUAACAGCAGUGCAGGGUUUGGUAGGAGAGAAAGGCAGCCGAAGAGAACCAAGCUCUUGUUUUAAAACACACACCUUCCGUUAUGACUAAGUGUGCCAAGAAAUAUGGAAAAGCAACUGUCAGACAGAUGACCAUGGAAAUGGUUGAAUCACAACAGGAUGACAAUGCAGUGGAUUCUGUGCCAGAGAGAGAUGCCAGUCACCUUCAGAAUCAGCCAGGCCAAAGUCAGAUUUCCCCAGGAUCUGAGGUUUCUGUAGCUGCAUCAAGUGCUGGAAGAGGAUCUCCAGCUGUAGCACUAGUGCAGUUGCCUUCUGGUCAAACUGUUCAUGUCCAGGGUGUCAUUCAAGCCACACAGCCCUCAGUCAUUCAGUCACCACACAUGCAAGCUGUUCAGGUAGCAUCGAUUGCAGAUGAAUCUGCAGAAUCAGAAGGGAUAAUUGACUCUCAAAAACGUAGGGAAAUACUUUCAAGAAGGCCUUCAUACCGAAAAAUUUUGAAUGAACUCUCAUCAGAUGCUCCUGCAGUACCAAAGAUUGAAGAAGAAGAAAAGUCAGAAGAUGAAGGAGCGCCUUCUGGAAUUUCUGCAAUGGCCAUGCCAACCAGCCUCUAUCAUACUAACACAGGGCAAUACAUUACUAUAACUCAAGGAGGUACAAUCCAGAUUUCUAAUCCAACCUCUGAUGGUGUCCAUGGACUACAGACAUUAACAAUGACAAAUUCAGGAGCUCCUCAGCCAGGUGCUACCAUUGUGCAAUACGCAGGACAAUCACCUGAUGGCACACAACAGUUUUUUGUUCCCGGAAGCCAAGUUGUUGUUCAAGCUGCCACUGGAGACAUGCCAGCUUACCAGAUUCGAACUCCCACCAGUACCUUACCUCAGGGAGUGGUAAUGGCAGCCUCACCGGGGACUUUGCAUAGCCCUCAGCAACUGGCAGAAGAGGCAACACGCAAGAGAGAGCUGAGACUUAUGAAAAAUAGUAAAAUGACCAGUAUGGAUUUGUUCAUCUUGAAACAUCCCAGCAAAGAAUUGGUUAGGAAAAUAUCUGAGGACCUCAUUAGCAGCUGUCCAUUAAUGAUGCUGUGAAGAGGACUUAUUCUAGGAUGGAAUGAUAAUUAUAGACUUUCCUAAUUCCUAACUUGGCUACUGGGAUAAGUUAUUGUUUGCAGUGCCCCUGUCAUUUUGUGAGGCAUAUUGUGUGAGGUGGCUGUAUAAUUUUUAAUUAGUUGGCAAGGACUUGACUGUAUGCUGUAAAUGCCAGUCUUUCUCUGUGCAUUCUUCUUGCUAUUCUUAGGAGAUUCUUUCUUUUUUUGAAUAUGUAGCCACCGCUAUCAAUGGCACGUAGAUUAAUGGAAGAAAUAGUCUGCUAUGCAGAUCUCUAAUACAUUAAAUAACCACUUGCCUUAUGAUGGAAUUCAUGGUAUUGCUUUGCUCUCAUGCCUGUCCUUUAUUUUAAAUUGCUUGCAAGGAUCGCUGCAUUGUGCUUCCUUUUGUUUCUCCUCUUUUCAGUUUUAAAACUAGCAUGUCUGCUAUCUCUCAUAUAACUUGCUGGAAAGUUACACCCUCACAAUUUGACAAUUUGUCAUGUUCCAAGAUGUUAAAGGAGUGGACUCACAGUACUUCUAAAAUGUCUUCUGGAAUUGAAUGCUUGUUUGGUCACAUGCUUCUGAAAAUACUACCCAAAGUGUUUAGCUUUAAUAUAACAGAGUUCUGAGCACAGCUAUGAGAAUGGCUUCAGACUGCCAUUUGCCAGCCACAAAAAAUACCCAGACGCACGUGGUUGAAAUGUGCCCAGGUGGACAGUUCUAAAAUGCUAAUAAAUUGUAUUUGUUUAGAUUUAAAUUUUACUGUGGAUUGUCACAUUAAGGUAAAAAAAUUACAGUGGGUUGUAAGCUUGGCAUCUAGCUUUUUAUCUGGAGAGAGUAGUGUUAUGCUUGUAUUUUCUGAAAGUAAAUUCUUUGGGUUUGGUUUUAAGAUUUUGAUUGCAGAAGAUAAUGCUCCUGAUAAACACACAAAAUGGAAUGUGACUGGAAGAAGAAAUGCUGCUUUCAGUCUGAAUGUUUAGUGCAGCUCAGGUCAAUACAUUAUCAUUUGCUCACUGUUUUUCUCAGGUCCUCUGUGUAUUAAUUCCAUCUUUGUAUUUGUUGAUGCUGAAUUUGUUUCAAGCUCUAGUUGUUUUGAAUUGUAUUUUAACCAUCUUAUUGCUUAUAGCUGUUAUCUGCUGUUCUGUUUGUGCAAUCCAACAGUUGGUGGUGGUUGUUGUUGUUGUUAUUGUGGAACCUCAGGGAUUGCAGGUAAUUUCAUUUAUCCAGUCUUUGCCAUAUUGUGGCUGUUCCUGUAGUCAUUUGCCUUGUAUUGGUUCCAGGGAAGCUGCCAGAGAAUGUCGCAGAAAGAAGAAAGAAUAUGUCAAAUGUCUUGAAAAUCGUGUGGCUGUGCUUGAAAACCAAAACAAGACUCUCAUUGAGGAACUCAAGGCCCUCAAAGAUCUUUAUUGUCAUAAAGCAGAAUAACUAUCUUUCAUUUGGACCUUGUUUAUUAUGAACUUUAAUCAAGGCAUGAGAGGAAGCAAUUCUACAGAUUGCCAUAUGAACUUGAGAAAGAGACACUUGAGGCCCUUGUGGAACCCAGUUUUGCUUAAGUGUUUUCAGACUGGUUUGGGAGAUAUUCCAAAAUUUGGAAUUCUAUCAUAGUCUCCAUACUCUGCUGAGCUUUCUAAUGGCAUGCAAAUGGCUUUUUUGUUUGCACUUUUUACUUCUGCUUUUUGCAGGGAAGCUGCUAAAGAAUGUCGACGUCGGAAGAAAGAAUACAUAAAAUGUCUGGAGAGUCGUGUUGCAGUGCUAGAAGUUCAGAACAAGAAACUUAUAGAGGAGCUUGAAACCCUAAAAGACAUUUGCUCUUCCAAAACAGAUUAGUAAAAAUAUUUAUUAUACUGUGAACUGACUAAAAUAUGUCCAGUUGCUUUAUAAGGCAAUACAUAGCCAACAAGAAUUAUGGCUUUCUCUUUGUGUCAUUUAUAUUAUAUUCCAACUUCUAACAUUCCUGAAAUGCUUUCUUGCUUUUUGUCAAUUCAUAGCUCUAAUUUCAGGUUUUUCAUGCUCCUCCCUUCCAUCUCCCAAGGAGCCAAAUGUUAAAAAAAUGUAACAAAGUAAAAAAGCGCAAAAUUUCUGAGCUGUUUCUUUGCCAUAUAUUUACAUACUACUUUUUACAUGUUACUGAGUGUCCUGCACAUACAAAAUAUUUUACAAUUGUUUUAGAUGAAUCAUAAAGAUAAUGCAUCCAGUAAUACAAGAAAAUCAAACAACCCAAGGUAUCUCAGGAAAGAGUUUAUAAAAGAAUGUUAUGAUUACAUGUACGUACUAGCAUACUAGUCUACAGAUGAUUUUAUGGCAUAUUUUUAUAUUAGUUGCUUUGUGGAAAAAAGUAUUGUAUUGCUGUCACCGAGUGUCAUGGUUUAAGAUAGUUUUUAAUAGAACCAUGUUGUUUAA